AUGGCAUCAAAUAAAAACAAACUUGCGUUCUUGUCGAUGCCGGCUCCGGCAUCAUAUGUUGCUGGUCUCGGUCGAGGCGCUUCUGGAUUCACAACUCGUUCAGACAUUGGACCUGCCAGAGAGGGUCCAUCUGCGGAAGUUAUUGCCGAGGCCCAAGCUAGGCGUGGUGAGGAGCCCGAAAUUGAUCCAGAACAAUUCCAAGACCCCGACAAUGAAUAUGGCCUAUUUGCUGGCACAACUUAUGAACAGGAUGAUGAGGAAGCUGACAAAAUAUAUGAUGAUGUUGAUCAGAAGAUGGACUCACGGCGUCGGGCACGCAGGGAGGCGAGAGAGAACGCCGAGCUUGCAAAACAUCGAGCUGAACGCCCCAAGAUUCAGCAACAAUUCGCUGACCUGAAGCGUGGUUUGUCUGUCGUCACCGACCAGGAGUGGGAAAGCAUACCAGAAGUUGGCAAUCUUACAAGGAAGAAGCGGCGAAAAGACGAAAGGACUUUCGCCGUUCCUGACAGCAUCAUCGUCGGUGACCGAUCCAAGUCUGAAUAUGAGAAUUCCUUGGACACUCGACAACAGCAAGCCAAUGGCUUUGAGACUCCUGCAGACACCGGUACCAUGACCAAUUUCGUCGAAAUUGGCCAAGCUCGUGAUAAGAUCUUGUCCUUGAAGCUCGAUCAGAUUUCUGGGACAGCCACUACAUCUGGUUCUGCUACCUCUGUUGAUCCCAAGGGAUACCUCACAUCACUCAAUAGCGUUGUUCUCAAGACUGAAGCUGAAAUCGGCGACAUCAAGCGUGCCCGCAUGCUGUUUGACUCGCUCGUCAAGUCGAAUCCUAAACAUGCUCCUGGUUGGAUUGCAGCUGCAUGUCUGGAGGAACACGCUGGACGUAUGGUUGCUGCAAGGAAACUCAUAAAAGCAGGUUGUGAACAGUGUCCAAAGAGUGAUGACGUAUGGCUUGAGGCAGCACGGUUACAUAAUAAUGACGAUGCAAAAGUCAUUCUUGCCAAUGCUGUUCAACAUGUCGGUCAGAGCGUCAAGAUCUGGCUUGCAGCAGCCGACCUUGAACAAGAUGCUAAAUCGAAGAAACGUGUCUUGCGUAAAGCACUCGAGAAUAUUCCCAAUUCUGUUCGGUUAUGGAAGGAAACUGUCAAUCUCGAGGAAUCAGCUACAGACGCCCGCAUACUCCUCUCCCGCGCCGUGGAGGUGAUACCACUUUCCGUCGAGCUCUGGCUCGCUCUUGCCCGUCUCGAAACUCCUGAGCGCGCCAAAGCCGUUCUCAACAAGGCCCGCAAGUCUGUCCCUACGUCGCACGAGAUUUGGAUUGCUGCUGGACGCCUGCUCGAGCAAGGGGCCACGGGCGACGACCCCGACAAGACCACAGAAACCAGAAACAAGGAGCUCGAGCUGGUGGACAAGACAAUCGAGCUUGGCGUCCGGCAGCUCCGGCAGCACCAAGUGUUACUCACGCGCGAGCAGUGGCUAAAGGAGGCGGAGCGAUGUGAGAGCGACGGCAGCCCGCGUACGUGCGAGGCAAUCAUUAAGGCUACAGUGAGUAUGGAGGUCGAGGAAGAGGACAGGUUGGAUACAUGGGUUAGCGAUGCAGAGAGUGCGGAGGCGAGGGGCAUGGUCGGGACUGCGAGGGCCGUGCUUGCGUAUGCGCUCAAAGUCUUUCCGGAUCAGCGGAACCUCUGGAGAAAGGCUGCAGAUUUGGAGAAGGCGCACGGCACUAAGGAAUCGCUCGAUGGAGUUCUCUCUCAGGCAGUGCACUAUUGCCCGCAGGCAGAAGUUCUCUGGCUCAUGUCAGCCAAAGAAAAGUGGCUGGCUGGAGACGUGCCAGCGGCACGUGAGGUCCUCGAAAAAGCUUUUAUCGCUAAUCCCGAAAGCGAACAAAUUUGGCUUGCCGCGGUUAAGCUCGAGGCCGAAAAUGGUGAACUGGGUGUCGCAAGGGAGCUACUCGUGCGUGCACGGACAGUUGCAGAUACUGAACGGAUCUGGAUGAAAUCUGCUGUAUUCGAGCGUCAGCAAGGGCAGUACGCUGCAGCACUUGAAACUGUCUCCACCGCCCUAUCUAAAUUCCCUAAGUUUGCCAAACUGUACAUGAUCCAAGGGCAGAUCCGCCAGAUGGAAAAGCAGUACUCCACUGCGCGUGCCUCAUACGCUGCAGGCCUCAAGGCUUGCCCGAAGGAGAUCACGUUAUGGGUGCUUGCGAGCAAGCUGGAGGAGCUUGAUGGAAAGAGCAUCAAAGCUCGCGCAUUGCUAGAGAAGGGACGGCUCGUCAAUCCGGCAAACGAAAUCUUGUGGGCAGAGUCUGUUGGUGUGGAAGAGCGAUCCGGUGGAGCUGCACAAGCAAAAGCGAUGCUCGCCCGUGGCCUACAGGAAUGCCCAUCGUCCGGUCUCCUAUGGUCGAUGUCUAUAUGGGCUGAACCACGGCCGACCAGAAAAAGCCGCUCUGUUGAUGCACUGAAGAAAAGCAAGGAUAAUCCACUGAUCACAUGUACAGUUGCGCGUUUGUUCUGGACGGAAAGGAAGAUUGAGAAGGCGAGACAGUGGUUCUCGAGGAGUGUGGCUACAGAACAGGAUAAGGAUAUCGGAGACCAUUGGGGGUGGUGGCUUAAGUUCGAGCGCCAGCAUGGCACUCCCGAAUAUAUGGAGGAGGUUAUUAGGCAGUGCGUUGCUGCUGAGCCGCAUCACGGGCCUGUUUGGCAGGUCAUAGCGAAGGAUGACAAGAACGUUGGGAAGAGCACGAAGGAGCUACUUGCGAUGGUUGCGGAUGCGUUGCAAUGA